AUGGUUGUUGAGAAAAGUCACUUAUACCAAUGGGCUGUUGGUUGGGAAAACAUCUAUCAGACUGUUGGUUGCCCACGAGAAGCUCCUAGUAUUUUUCUCCCGUUCCGCUCAAAAUCCCCAAAUCUCUCAAACCCUCGCCCACUUUCUACAUCCGCCGCCGCCACGCUCGAGCUCUCUCCCCGCCGCCACGCUCGAGAUCUGCAGCCGGACGCGUGCUGUCCAACCGGCCGGGACGCCGCCCCUUCUCCCUCUCCCUCCAUCCUCCAUGCUAUCCACCGCCGACCCCACUACAUACUGCCGCCGCCAUGCGCUCGCCUGCCCUCCACCGGUAGGUGCUCUCUCCGCCGUGAUGUGCUCGAGCACCCUCGGCUGUCAGGGAGUGACAUAUCGACAUUGGCAUCUGCGAGCAGUGGCAAUGAUAUUAUAACAGGAACAUGCAAAAGAGGACGACGAACCAUGAAGUUGACAGUUUGCGUCAACUGGAUAUUUUUUGUAUUUUUUAAUGGUGACUAAACUAUUGGUGAUGCAUUUUAGCUAUCAUUUUGUAAACCUAUGGUGUCUUGGACAGUGAACCACAAUGUUUCCUCUAUUUAAUUAGUUACCUUAGUUUAUCGGAAAUUUGGAUUGUAAUUAUGCCCAUAACAGAUGAACUAUUUAUGUGUGAGAAUUAAUUAAUGUAUGUUCUAGUUUAA